AUGCUUAUAAAUGGCGGUGCUGCUCCACCUAAUAGCGUGCCUGGGCUUCGUGGUCAUCCCAUUGCCAUUCCAACAUCGGCGUCUUUUGAUUUAUCGCUUAGUGACUUAAAAAUGAGCUUCUGCAAGAGGGUCAUGGAUACAUGUUCUGAUAUCAUCAGUUACGACAAGGCUUGCCAUACUCCUGGUCAAUGCUCAAAAACCUAUACAGAUGUAGUCAUGCCUGUAACCCACACAGUAUGUUCAUUUUUAAGUGAUCAAUGUGCUGACCUCGAUCUUGACGAAGCGGUAGAAAAGCUAUAUAGUGCUGGAGCUUUAAGUGUCGAUAUUAAGGAUACCGAACAGAUAGACUCAAAGAUUAGAGAGCUAAAUGAGCUCAAAGAUAAGAUUAAAAAGGUUACUCUUGGUGCACAUGCUGAACAAGCUAAAAAGGCUAGGGAUAAAUAUCUACAGGAACGAAUCGAUAGUCACAAAGUUACGCCUAAGUCUAGUAAAGGCGGUGAUGCAGAACUCGGGAAGAAUUUGGAUGUAGAGACUCCAACCGUCUAG